AGAAGAAUCGAUUCUUAUCUUUUUAUUCUUGCCAAGACGGAUACACAGCUUCUGCUGAUGUUACUGUACUUCAUCAUCAUUGGCGUUGCUGUAGAGUCAACAAGUAUAAAAGCUUACGUUUAGUCCACUCAAUUAAUGUUACUACGAUUCUUAGAGAGUUCGGGUUGCGAUUGCUCAUGUAAAAGAUAUUCGUCUUGGUGUAACUCAAUUUCGCAUAAGUGCAAAAUAUGAAGCUGUCAAUCAGGGCCUGUCUGGCCCUGGUUAUUAGUGCUAAUGUCAUUUAUGUCCAAGCCUAUCCUGCAGAAAAAACAAAGCAUACUUCGAAAGUAGUUAUUGCCAAUUCAAUAUCGACCUCGGGAGGAAUAGCAUCUGCAACAGCAAUCAAUAAUAACGGAGUAGCGAGGGCAAAUGCAUUUUCAUUGGGAAAUAGAAAUUCGCCGUCACUUUUAAAAAAUGGAGGUUUAUUUGAUUUAGCACGAUUUAUCAGUUCAAGUUAUAGUGAUCCUGUUAGUGAUCGGAAAUAUCUUGAUUCAUUUGAAGAUGCUCCUCGAGAUUUAUUAGAUCUUUCUAGCUUAGAUUCUAUGAUGUUAUUUAAUGAUCGAUCUGAUUUCAUGUCGAAGAAAAUAAAACGUGAAAUUCCUUCCAAUCAAUCGAGAAUUUCUCGAAAACUUUCAAAUAAAAAUAGAUCAACAACAGCAGCCCCAAAUAAAGAUGAAACUGAUGACGAUGAAAAUGAAAAUUCACAAGAAAAUGAAGAGCAAGAAACCAAGACGACAUCAGCCACAACUUCAAAACCCACUAGAAAAAAAUCAAAACAAAAUGAUGAGAGUAAAAUUACCUCAACGACUCCAACGACUAAUGGCAAAAAAAAUUCAGAAGCUGAAGAUAUGACUAAAAGUGCAAACGAUUCUGACAAUGAAAAAAAUCCGAAAAAUGAAGAUAAAUCUAAAGAUGGUGACCAAGAAGAUGAAAACACUUCUGAAAACGAUGAUAAUCAAAAAGGUAAUAAAAAUUCUAAUAAUGAUAGUGAAGGUGUAGAAAAAGAUAACUCAAAAGAUAAAGAUAAACUAAAAAAUAAAGAUGAUUCGUCCAAUACCUCAGGAGAAAAUAAAGAUACGGAUGAUAAUGAGCCUGAGGAUGAAAAAAAAACAGAACUUUCGAAGGACGAAGCAGAGCCUACACCCGCUACUACGCCAAAAUCUAACAAAAAUAAAAGCAAAGCAACGACCACGAUGAAGCCCCAAACUGAAGAUGAAGAGCCAGAAGAAGAUCCCGAGGAAACACCAGAGGAAGAAUCAGAAAAAGAACCGACACCUGCGCCUACAACUAAACCAAAUAAAAACAAUAGACCAUCUAAAUCAACUCAAAAACCAAGUAAUAAAAGUAAGACAACGACCACGACAACGCCCGAUCCUGCAGAUGAAGAAAAACCAGAAGAAGAUGCUGAAGAAACUCCAGAAGAAGAACCAGAGUCAGAACAGUCACCUGCCCCCACACCUAAACCAAACAAAAAUAAUAAACCAUCUAAAUCAACUCAAAAACCAAGUAAUAAAAGUAAGACAACGACCACGACAGCGCCUGAACCUGAAGAUGGAGAAAACCCAGAAGAAAAUGCUGAAGAAAAACCAGAAGAAGAUGCUGAAGAAACUCCAGAAGAAGAACAAGAGUCAGAACCGACCCCUGCCCCUACACCUAAACCAAACAGAAAUAAACCUUCUAAAUCGACUCAAAGACCACCCAAUAAAAGUAAAACAACGACCACGACAACGCCCGAGCCUGAAGAUGAAGAAAAUCCAGAAGAAGAUCCCGAAGACACACCAGAGGAAGAGCCAGAACCAACACCGGCUCCUACACCCAAACCUACCAGAAGUAGACCAUCAAAACCUACUCGUCGACCACCCAAUAAAAGUAGAACAACGACCACGACAACGCCCGAGCCUGAAGAUGAAGAAAAUCCAGAAGAAGAUCCCGAAGAUACACCAGAGGAAGAGCCAGAACCAACACCGGCUCCUACACCGAAACCUACCAGAAGUAGACCAUCAAAACCAACUCGUCGACCACCCAAUAAAAGUAGAACAACGACCACGACAACGCCCGAGCCUGAAGAUGAAGAAAAUCCAGAAGAAGAUCCCGAAGAUACACCAGAGGAAGAGCCAGAACCAACACCGGCUCCUACACCCAAACCUACCAGAAAUAGACCAUCAAAACCAACUCGUCGACCACCCAAUAAAAGUAGGACAACGACUACGACAACACCCGAACCUGAAGAUGAUGAAAAUGCAGAAGAAGAUCCCGAGGACACACCAGAGGAAGAGCCAGAACCAACACCUGCUCCUACACCUAAACCUACCAGAAAUAGACCAUCAAAACCAACUCGACCAUCUGUAAGACCUACGAAACGACCUCAGAACGACAGGAAAACUACAACACCAUCACCCAUCGAUAUUGAUUCUCGAAUAAACGGAGACGAAAAUCCGAAUAAUCAAUUUGAAAACUUUAACCCUGAUCAGGUUGGCGACGAUGGACAGUACCAUCCUACUGAUCCAGAUGAUAAUGGUUGGCAAGGUGCCUAUAAUCCUCCACCACAUAAUCCUUUUGGUAAUCAGCCGAACCAAAAUCCAAAUUCCAACUGGCCACCUUCAUUUCCUCAAUUCCCAAACAUUUUUCCAUUUAAUCAACGUCCACCUAUGUUUCCACCAUUGGUACCUCCAGGAUAUCCGCGCAUUCCAAACCCAAUGAAUCCUUUUGGUCCACCGAUUAGGCCUCGUAAUCCUAGUCCAGAUUCAAAUUUUUCCAACAAUCCGAAUGGAGCAGACAACAAUCCCGAAGAAAAUGACCCUGAUAAUCAACCCGAGUCAAAUGGUGAUAAAAAUCCAGACGAAAAUGAUACCGAAAAUGAUCCCAAUGGAAACAAUGCUGAAAAUGAUCAAGGCCCACCAUCAGGUGUACCCGAUCUCAAACCUGGAGAAAGUCCUAAAUUUAUUCCGGUAAGAAUAGUCAUUAGAUGGUCUGGAAAUCCCUUUCUAGCUCAGUUUUUAGGACCAUUAUUAUUAAGACUGCACCAACAUCCACCAAUAACUCUACCUAUGCCUAGCAAUCCUGUAAUUAUUAGAACUCCUUUUAGUCCUUUUUUAUCUAAUCCUUUUAUUAUCAAGAAUCCCGCACUGCAAAUGUCUCCUCAUGAAAGUCACGCGGAGCCUUGCAAUUGCGAAGAUGAUCAUAAUGCCAGUGUACCAGUUAUAAGAAUACGAACUCAAUCAUCGCCUAUAAUUUAUAGAAGAUUCACAAAUUAUAAAAAAUGAUGAAUUUUCACGUGGCGAUUAAGUGAAAAUAAAAUUAGUUCAAUAGUUGUUAUUCUUUAUCUAUGUUAUUUUUGUACUACGGACGAUAAAAAUUGUUUAAAAAUUGGUUUUGAUUUAUAAUGAGUUUUAUACCAAAAUGUGUAUACUUACCCCGACGGAAAUUUUUCUCAUGAGAGUUUUAUAAAGUCUAAAAAAGUCUUAAAAGGUCGUACAACUGUUCAGAUCUUCUACACCUCAUUAAUGAUUUGAAAGAAUUAAAAAGAGUUUUUAAAAAUUCAUAAAACCUUGGAGACUCAAUUUUUUAGCAAAAAUGUCAAGUUUUUUUCAUAAUUUUAUUUUUUCUAUAUUGUUCAUAUGGUUGCUCGUAUAGUUUUUUCACCAUGACUUUUGGCGAGCUUGGAUACCGAUCAAAGAAGUCUUUAAAAAUAUUGAAAACUUUUAUCAACACUUAAUAACUCUUAAUAACUCUUUAUAACAAUUAUUGUCACUUGUAAACAUUUUUUUAAAUUAAAUAAGCGAUUGCCUUACCCAUCUGGAUAUUUCGGAAACCAAAGGUGUCAGGUUUCAUAUAAAUUUUUUAAAUUUAUUUCUAUCAUAUAGAACUCUUAUAAAGUUUUAUUAACUGUUAAAAAUCAUGGUACGAAAUCCGAACAUUUAUAAGAAUUUUUAAGACUUAUUCAAACUUUGAAAGAGCUUUUAAGAGUUUUUAAGAAUUAAAGUGGUGAUGAAUUUCCGUAGGGGUAUGAAUUCUAUGAUUAAACAAAUAAAAAAAGAUGCAUUUUUUGUAUUUUUAACGAGAGUAUUUAUGAUUAUUUAUCUUGAGUUUUACAAAAAUUUAGUCGAAUAACAAGAAAUUUAAGCACAACAAGUCUACUUUUUACGAGAUAAAAAUUAACUGACAAAGUGUACCACGGUCAGAACUACGUUAAUCAUAAAUAUUUAUAUUAUUUAAUCAGUAUACUAUCGUUUACAUCUGUAAUGAAGGAAAUUAUAUAAAAACGAGCGCUAGAGAAUUAUUUUCUACAGCACGAAUUACUACUGAGUCUAAAUAAAUAAAACUAUGAACAAAA